AACAUGCACUGUGCUUGGAAAUUACAGUUUAAACUGGACCAGUUACAACCGCGUAGCUAGUGUGUAAAAUGCACACACGGGCAGUUGUUUUCAAUUCAGAACAGUACUUUGGGUCAUCUUGCUAUUUGACUUCGAGAAACACUUCAGCCUAAGAACAGAAGCAAUUCUACCUGGUUACAGUGGCAACACCAAAGAUCGUUUCACCCAGUUAUUUCCUGGACAUCAUCUUUAUCCCAUCCUCGCCAAGAGGGUCAAUAGGAUUGACCAUGCCUUUUCAGCAGCUGAGAGAGUUUGAUGGUCCCAUUGAAGCACAAUUACCCAGUCACAUGCAACGGAUUGAAUUUGAAAAGCUACAGUUGUUUUCUGCCUAUGACGAUAAGUAUGUUGAGGGAACAAUUUUGAUGAAGUAUCCGCCACAUGAGCUGGGAACUGGAGAAAAAGCAUUCAAAAUGGUACUGGAAGAGUCAACUACACAGCAGCCAAUGUCCAACCUAUCAACCAUUAACACCUUUGUUUUUGGAAAGCUGGUGGAUGAAUGUGAACACACCCUGAAACAAGGGGACAAAGUGGUACUCAGCAAGUUCCAAGUGACAAAGUCAGCAAGUGCCAGUAAAGAUGGAAGGCAUCGUUUACAACUUGAACUUUCAGAAGAGAUGGGAACAAUGGUGUUUGUAUAUGCUAAAUCAGUGAAAGAACCAGCAGCAGUUAGUAAUGUUGGUCUCCCGAUCAUUGAAAGGCCAAAGCUCAGAAUGCAUGAUUAUACUUACGUCCCGCUAAACAAAAUCAAAGGCGGCGUCACCAUAAAUGUGUAUGGCGUUGUUAAAUUCUUCAAGCCUCCGUAUCGCAGCAGAGGAACAGAUUUCUCCUCCACAGUGACUAUAGUGGAUCCUUCUAAUGCAAGGCUCAAUUGUGUGCUUUUCAAUGGGAAUGCUGAUCUACUUCCUAAAAUCUACAAAGUAGGAGAUGUGGUUCGAUUCCAUAGAAUCAAGAUACAAGAAUUCAACAAAGGGCUUCAGGCCAUCAAUGCCCCUGGUUUCUCAGCUUUGACAUUUGAUGGAACUCCGGGAGCACCCUUGAAACCACGCACAACCAGCAGGUCGUAUCAGUUCACUUCAACUGAUCAGAGAACAGUGGAGGAGCUGCGCAGAUGGGGCAAUGCAGACCUUUCCAUCCACCAGCCAACCACCAAACUCUCGGAAGUGAAACCCGCUGAGUAUUUUGACCUGACAUGUCAACUUAUUGCAAAAGCUCAGGUGGAUCGAUCUGCUGUUCUGCUGAAGGUUUGGGAUGGAACCAAAUACCCUCACCCAUUGUGGCAGGUACCUGUGGAUGAGAAUACCCUGGAGGGAGAUCCUGCUGAUAUCCAUCGACUGAGCAACCUGGCUAUGGAUGUGUUGGUUUACGAUAACCACAUUGGAGCUGCAAACUCUCUCCAGGUGGGAAUGUACCUGACAAUCCACAACCUUCACGCGAAGCUAGCGACGUUGAGCACCGAGAAGCCAAGCAGCAGCCACGAAGCCAUGCCAGAGAUGGAAUUCCACCUUCAUGGCGGGACUUCAUACGGGCGGGGCAUAACGGUACUGCCGGGAGACUGCAGCGAUGUUCAGCGGCUCAAGCAGUCUUUAGAAUCAGCUCUGUCUGCAGACCAGGAUAGUCUGGGAGAUCUUUCACUACUGGACAAGCUUAACACUUCAAAAAGACCAUCAGAAUCUGAAGCUUCUUCAGCGGCUACGAUUCAGCGAUGUCAGCAGGAAUCUGCAACAGUAAUCACAGCUCAUCAGCACAUCAGAACAACCCCCAUUCAAGAAAUCUUGGACCAAACACCACCUCAGAAGUACCGCAUCCGAGCUAAGCUGGUGAAUUAUGAGCCAAGAGCUCUUCACCAGUCGGUGAAACUUUAUUGCCCCAAAUGUCGUUCGCUGCAGGAGGUUCCAAACGAUGAUGAUAUCGAUACUGCUUUGCGAGGUCUUUAUAAUCUUGGUUGUAUGACUGUUGAUCCUGCUAUCCAGUCACAUGAUGCUCUGUGGUACAAUACAGCCACAUGGGAGGCAGAAGAAGAAAGGAGGCGACGGAUCACAGUGCAUUUUGUGAAGACCAGUGAAGCGCCAAGUGCUCCAGAACACUCCACGAUCCUGGUGGAAGGAGUGUCUCUAAGUGAGCUGUAUCGACUCUCCGAGAGAUUUGGAAGGGUCAUUCCUACCAGUUCCAGGACCGAAUGUCUGUCUUUGAAUGACCUUUCCAUUCCAUUCCUUAUAGAAGAUAGAAAAUGGCAUUAUGGUUGCAAGAAUUGUUCUCAUCCACAGCCAGUGAAUGCUCUUCAACCACUGUUGCAAUCAGGAACUUGGGAAUCAUCAGCAAUAGCCGAAGUUUUAGGUGUUCAACUUCUGAGCUAUGUUUUUGUCAUGAAGUUUACAUAUGAUGAUGGAUCGGGAUUUCUUGAUGCUUUGCUGUGGAAUGAGGCGGAAAGCUUCUUUGGGAUUUCUGCGGCUGAUGUUAUGAUCGAUGAUGUGCUUCAGGAGAAACUAAUGAGAAUAAUGGACACAUUGUGUCCACCAAGAGCAAAUCCAGACGAUGGCCCCUGGUUGGAAUGCUGUGUCAAGUCCUAUUAUGCAGGUGAUGGCUCAGAGCAGAAGACAUACUACCAAAUAUUUGACACUGUUGUGGCAGAAGCUGAGGACAUUUAACAUUUCAUUUGUGCAACAUUAGCCUGUGUUUACUGUGAAUGAACCAUCUUGUCACAUUCCUCUCUUUUAAUGAAACAAAGCAGUGUUUUGAUAAGAAAAAAACAACUGCAUAAGUUCAGGUACAAAUAUUCAGUUCAAGUAAAUUUAUAAUAAGAUUUAUAAAUUAAAAACCAAAAGCUCAUACUUGGUAUGGAACAGAAUAGAAUACUCUGGCUUUUUAAUAUCUCCAAAACAAUAGUUUUAGGGUGUUCUUGUGGUCGAUUUUGUUUCCUUAAUAAAUACAAAUUAUCCACUUAAGCAUUUUUAGAAGUGUACUUGCUUAUGGAAUUCUUAAAGUGAAAGAUAAAGUGAAGCCUAUUGCUUUAGAAGAAAACUCAAUUAUAUUCAGUGAAUACAGGUAAGCCUUUAGCUAUGUUACUUGCAGUACUGCUUUGAUGAGUGAACACUUCAUUCAGACUAACGUUACCCAUUUGGCUUUUAAUCACAAUUAGGAUUUUUCCCUCACAAAAUGUUUUCAAGACUUCUCCUUUUAUUAAUAACCGUAUUUUUUUUUUCUCUAUUGUACAUCUCACUUUCUGGUGUUGUUGAAAAGUAGGAUGAAUCUUGUUAUCUUGCACUAGGUCAAAGGGAAGAAAGCCAGAUAUCAUAUGAUGACAGUUUAUAUCACAAGAUGAAAGGUUGCAGAUCAGUGGGAAGAGGGCUGUAAAUUCAUCAAGGCGUUGUUAUGGAUAAAAUGAUGAGCAGUAUGAUGCUCUCCAUACUCCAAGAUAAUUCAGAAAUGAUGCAGAGUUUGAACAAAAACUUCUAUUGGUUUUAGAGAACGACCCCUGUGGCUGAAUAUGAGCCUGUUAGGAAAAACUGCAAAAAGACCAUGUUAUGAGCUUUACCAUCCAUUUUGAAUUAAUUUGGUUCACAAUUGGCUCAUAAGCCUUAUUAGCAGAACACUUGACUAUCCAUUGUUUGCAAAACCCAGAAGACUUUAACUGUUAGGUGCUAUUCUGCAGUUAGACAACACUUGCUAAAUAAUCCUGAGUGCAACAUAGAUUGCAUGAGCAUCCAGUUUAAGAAAAUCGGUUGAGUUCAUAACGUGGCUUAUUUCUGCUUGCUAGAACCAAAACUCAUUUAUAUCCAGGGACUGUUUCUCAGCAAAUUAAGAGGAACAGAUUCAAGUCUUGUACAUUUUUGUUUGAAUUACCCAGAAGCAUGUGGAGCCACCAGUCCUUUCUCCAUGGCUACGCUUUGGCCAAUAAUAUUCAACCUGCCAACUAAUUAGGAUACUUAUCUCCUUUGGGGUGAGUUGGUGUGAUCAUUUAACAUGCAGCUUUUUCUGUUUGUCCUGUUGAGUGCAAGAUAAAACAUUUUAGCAACAUAUCUUUCUUUUCUGCAUGUUUGAGUUUUGUACUACAUGGCGAUUUACUUGUAUCUUUUGUAUUAGACUUGCUAAAGGUUGUUACUUGUUCCUUAUUUU